GAGAGAGAGUUUCCCCUCCCGUAAGGUUUGUAGCAAAUCUGCCGAAAGGUUUUUUCCUUUUUUCAGAAACAGCCCAACCUUACCAGUUUUCUCUCUCCCCUAUCUGUUGCUUGCUCUCCAUCCCCCCCCCCCCACACACCCCAAGUCAACCUCUUUCUUGCGUGGGGGUGGUGGUGGUUUCUCCUCUUUUUCUAGUCUUCUGUACCCUCUUGCCCUCCUCCACGCCUGCCGGCUGCUCCCCAGUUUGCAGCAUUCCUGUUUUAUGCUGUGCAGAGGGGAAGUCAGCGCCCAUGAGGGAGUACAAAGUUGUGGUUUUAGGGAGUGGGGGGGUGGGUAAGUCGGCCUUGACCGUGCAGUUUGUCACUGGGACAUUCAUUGAAAAGUACGACCCCACCAUCGAAGACUUCUACCGGAAGGAGAUUGAAGUGGACUGUUCGCCAUCAGUACUUGAAAUCUUGGAUACCGCAGGAACGGAACAGUUUGCUUCUAUGCGAGAUCUCUACAUUAAAAAUGGCCAAGGGUUCAUCCUAGUUUACAGCUUGGUAAACCAACAGUCUUUUCAGGAUAUCAAGCCAAUGAGGGACCAGAUUGUCCGUGUGAAGAGAUACGAGAAGGUCCCUCUCAUCCUGGUGGGGAAUAAAGUUGAUUUGGAGUCGGAAAGGGAAGUUUUGUCGGCGGAAGGGCGAGCGCUCGCACAGGAGUGGGGCUGCCCGUUUAUGGAGACAUCUGCUAAGAGCAAGUCCAUGGUGGAUGAACUGUUUGCGGAGAUUGUGAGGCAAAUGAACUAUGCAUCCCUGCCUGAAAAGCAAGACCAGUGUUGUACAACUUGUAUUGUCCAGUGAGCGAGAGAGAGCAGACCCUCAAUCAUGGCCAUACAGAGCAGAUAAAAACUCAGAGGAAUUUGCACAGAUGCUGCUUUGGAGAACUCCUUUCAGCCCAGGCUGCAGAACUGAGCCUUGCUAAAUCCUGUCUCUCUCUUUAGAGCACAUUUCCAGGCAUUCAGUGCAGAAAGAAAAAGUAAGCGGCGGCCAUGGAGAUCUGUAGGCCUGCGAGAAAUGCUUAGCAUGUUUACCAUACGUUUUGAAAUCUGUUCUUUAUCUUUCAGUCCUCUCUUGGUUUUUAAUAGCUUUCUAAGUUCCUAUUAAUGGCUAAUAUGCAAGAGUUCAUUUUUUUACAAAAACAUUUUGAUUUCUUUUAAUUGAUUUCCAAAACUUGUAUUUAUUAAACUUUAAACUCAGUAUUACCUACUCAAUGCCUUUUUUUAAGAUAAAGUUUUAAUGGAGAAUAAAAGUGAGCCUUAAACAAAUGGUUACUUCUGUAUAUUACCUCACAUCCAUGCUUGAUUUGCAAAAAAAGAAAGUGUUUUCUUCUCCUCCAAAAUGUCAUUAGUUGAAACUUCAAAAUGUUCUGUUUACAUGUGAUGGUGUCAUGGAAAGAUACGAGUCAUCUUAUGUUGUGAGGAUGUUCUUAACAUUGCGUUCCGCAGCAGUUGUGGUGUGUGCUGGUCAUUGGCCUGACAUGAAGACAGAAAGUUAUUGGACAGGGUCCAGAGCCAUCCAGCACAUUGUAUGUGUUUUCUCUGUUAUCACAUGGUAUCUAGAGUUUGUUUUUCUUUUUAAACUGAUGUAAGUCACAAGGACAUCUCCUUAACUGUUCAGUUUUCAAUUUCUAAUAUGCUUUUUCUUGGAAAGGGAUAAUGUGUCCUCGCAAGGCUUUUGUUCCAUAGCAAAAGCUACCUUGGGUUUGCCUGACGGGAUUAAGACAACAUCUGCACAUGUAAAUCAAAUGCAAAUAAAAAUGACUUUACAUUUUCUAGUCCUUAA